AUGGCCCGGCGCCCCCCCGACCCCUACCGCGGCCCGGCGCUGCGCCUCCGCCGCCCCGAGCUCUGGCACCGGCGGGGCGGGGCCGGGGCGGGGACAGCCCUUAACUCCUUGGGACCCGCUGCCGCCGCCGAGCCCAGCGGGGACCCCCCCACCGCCCCGCCCCGGUGUCCGUGGUCACCGGCACCGGCCUCCGAAACAUGCCAAAAACCCCACUGGGACUCCAGACUCCAGCUGGCACCAGACCAGGAGAGUUACAAGAAGAAUGAAGAAGUGAUGCUGAGCUGUCCCAAGGAUUUCCAGCCAUCCUUCACCCAUGUCAAAUGUACAGGAAAAGUUUUGUCUGUCAUCAAUGGAAAACCUGUACACAGAGAAGCUUGGAAUGGAAAGGACAGCAGAGGCAGUUGGAUCAAGAUUCAGCCCAACCCAGGCAGGGUACAGUGCUUUGAGGUCCUCCAGGUUGUCCCUGAGACCCUGAAGAUUUCAAGCACCAGCAUCAAACUGAACUGGACCUGCAUGCUCCCUAACUUGUGCCAGGAUAUUCGGGCCAGGUGUCGGCUGGAGCGGCGUUCCUCCUCAAACUGUGAGGUUGAGGAGGUGAAGGGAGAAGAGAUACUACAAGGCCGGGAGGGAACAUUCAUCUGCUCCCCUCUGCAGCCCUUCACUGUCUACAGUGUCACCAUCUCCCUGCUGCCUAGCACAAUCUUGUACACGCGGCUCCUCAGCACAAAGGAAAUGGUGCCAGACAAACUGGAGAAGCUGUGGAUGGAUGUCAGCACGGGGUCCCUCAGGUGGAAGGCACUGCCCUCCUGCAAAGGGGAGAUCAUUGGAUACCAGCUGAACAUCACCACCAUGAGAGCAGCGGAUGGCAGCUUCCUCGAAUUCAGCCAGGUGUUGGUGAACCAGUCUGUCUUUGAGUAUGUGCCACCUCAUCAGACAGCUGGCAGCAAAUACCUGGUGACAGUGCAGGGCCUGACGGCAGCUGGGGCUGGGGCUGCAUCACAGCUGGAAUUCCAAACCUACGUCCAGGUUUCAGGGCAGCCUCCGGGCCCUUGGCCUGUGUCAGCAGUCAUUGUAGUGGUGCUGGUGGUGGUGCUGUUGAUCCCCUUGUCUGCUGGGAUCCUCUGGUUUGUGUUCUACAGAAAAAAGAAGGCCUCGCCCAGCACAGCCGAGGAGGAUCACUACACAGAGCUCCAGCCAUAUGAGAAUGGGGAUAAUUACUGCAUGAUCAAGACUUUUCUUGAGAAAGAUGCAGGUAGGAAACGGGAGAGCCAGAGCAGUGAGGAAGAAGAGCAGCUGGAGUAGACAUCUGAGGCUCAGUGGUGAUGGCACUUCCCUUCUCGAGGCUUGGUCUUCCACCACCAGAAGCUUUGAAUCAUCUCAGGGGUUAUUGCUUCCCCCCAGAUUUUCUCCUUCAUCAGACUCCAGAAUGCUCUGUCACAGCACAGGAGCAGCUCAAGGCAUGGGAUGACCUGCUUGUGCCAGCAAGGA